AUGGCUAAUAGUUUCCUAAUGCAGAAAAUGGAUUAUUUCCUCCAGCAAGAGAGGAAAAUGUCCAUUAAUGAUGAUCAAGAGCAACAGCCUCAAUACCUAGUCAGAUAUAAGACCAUGUUUCAUUAGGAGCAGGAUCUAGAUCGACUAAUGAAAGAGGAAGAGGAAAAGCAAAAGAAAUAAAGAAAAGUAUGGACCAGCAUGCAUUUAUAAGAGAGGUUGAGAAAGCAGUUGAAAAUUAAUGACGUUAUUGCAGCCAUCCUGGCUGUCAUUGGAAUGAUAUUUGGUUAUUUAGAGCAAGAAUUUUUAUUCUCUACUCAUCCUAAAUACGAAUAGGAUGAACAGGUAUUUGUGUGUAGAUUUGGCUUUGUAAAGUCAAAGUACUUUAAGAUUAUGGUAAUUGAAUUAAUUAUCUGCUCAAUUCAUAAUCCUCCAAGAGCUGAUUUCUUGUUUGAAGCUGAUUAAAUGGGUAAAUAAUUGAGAUACCCAUUCAGCACUCUCCUAGCCUCUGCGAUAUUCACAAGAUAUAAAACUUCACUUGCAGAUCGAUGCUGUGCUAAGAUUGGAAUAGAGGCUGACACUAUAUUCUCGCUCAAAUGUUCUUUCAAAGAUCAACCUUUUAUAAUAUUGGGCUAUGCUCUUGCAAUUAGCAGUGUUGUUGCUGGUUUGAUUGUUAAAACAUUUGAACGGCCUUAUUAUGAUGAUGAUUUUUCACCUGUACCUUAGAUUUCAGAACAAUACUAGGAUUAUAGCUUUGUAUAAAAUGGAAUUUGGCUGUUGGGUUUGGAGAUUAUUAUCCUAAGACUCAUGUUGGAAGAGGAAAUUUAAAUGAAGCAGAAAGUCUAGCAUAAAGCAGCAAAUGCUUUGAUUUAUUUCUUCAAAUACAAAUUAAUAGUCAAGAAACUGCAUAUUAAUAUCGUCACAGACACUUUCAGGAACAAAUUAAGAGAAGAUAAACUGAUUUUAGAGGUCAAGCUUAGAGAUAAGAUAAUGAUUUUUUCAAGAGAAAGAAACAGGUUGAAAAUUGAGGAGCUAGCUGAGAAUGUCAAGAUUAAGCAAAUCACUGAGAAAGUGGAAAAUGACUUGGCUAGAUUAGCUAUAACUCUCAACUAAAUAAGAGAGAUUGAUGUAUCAACUAAACUUUUACUUUAAGAUCAAGAGAGGGACUUGAAGAGAUUGAGAGAAAUAAAUAAAAAUAUCAAGCUAUUUGGAAUCAUUUUAAACAGACUAGAUCCUAACAGUCCAGGACAAAAGUUCAUAUCAUCCAAAUCUAUGCAAUCUCAAAAGAGUGUGACAGAGAAGUACUUCUCUGAUAACUAUUAAAUGGAAAUGAAGAAAAAUAACAUUGAAAGGCAACUCAGCCGUAAAAAAUCUUAAAGAAAAUCUAUGAAGAUAGCAAAGUAACUAGAAAUCAUCAGUAAAAAGACUACAUAUACAGAUUUUAAUAUGAUUGAAUCCCCUCAAAAGUCCAUUUAUUCUCACUAAUAGGAAAGGCGCAUGGUAGCUUUUAACAAGCAAAACUCUCUUGAUGGGGAUUUGAUUGAUGUCAAGAUUAGAAGUUUAAAGCAGAAGCUAGCUAGUCCUCUUAAAAGAAAUCACUAUGAGAUUAUUUAACCAUCGAUUAUGGAUUAGCCUGAUGAAGAAGAGCUAAAACUUGAAGAUGCAAUUGAAUCCUCAGAGAAGGUUUCAUCAUCUUAGAAUAACAAUGAUUAGAUGCUCAUGAUGAGAGACCUUCAAAACUAUUAAUACUCUAGUGUUGAAAAUGACAUAAGGCGAGAGAACUAAUAAACUGAUAAUAAUAUGAUCAUAUAGUAGAAUGAUCAGUACUUUCUUGAAAAUAACAAUAAUAAUACGUUAGAACUACUCAUUUAAAAUAUGCUUAGCAAUAAUCCUACCAAUGCAUUUAAUUAGUAAAGAUCAUUUUAAGAGCACAUCAGUUAAAAUCCAACUAGACUUUUUAAAAAUAAUUUUAGAAGGUUAACUAAUCCAAAAGGCAAUAAUCAUAAACUCAAUCACUAACCAUCACUUUCAUCUUCAAGUCCUGGUGGAAGUAGACUCAGAGAUUAAGGAGGCCUGGGUGAACUCUCUAAUAACUCGAAAGAAAACAUUAUAACUAUCAUUAAUAACUAAGAAGAGCAGAUCACUGAUUUCUCUGACCUUGUACUAAAUAACGGUAGUAAAAUAAAUCAUUGA